GUUUCCUCUUCCAGUCGUCAUUAAACACAAACCCUUUAUUUUUUUUCGCAUACCUUUAUUUUUUGCUUACCACUACGCUUGUCCGUCAUACAUUACCACAGCAUCGCAAGCCUCAUUGGUUCACUUUGUUGUUUGUUACGUUCAACUACUUAAUUGUUUUUUGCUAAACAAUUGUCGCUGCUGUUUGCACUAUUAGCACUCAGCACGUAAAAUCGCGCGCAGGCCUAUUAGUUCCUUGCGCACUUUUUGUUUUAUUUCCGCAAUUCCCCUUCACUUCAGUCACUCAUUCGCCCAUUCAAACUCAGCGCCUGCCAGUCAUGUACAACCUCGAUCUUAACUUUGAACAGGACGACUCGCGAACUGUCGACAGCGACUAUGACUAUGACAGUGACAUUGAGACCAAUGGCCUGGGCGACAACUCCUCCUGGGCCAGCCUCGACCGGCGCCUGCUCCAGCGCGUCGUAUCGUUCCUUCCACGCCCGAGCGACCGCCGUGAGUUUUGUCUGGUUAACAAGGAGUGGGCGCUCGCCGGCGAGCCGCACCUUUGGGCGUACCCCGAGUUCUCUACACCCCAGCAGCUGUCAACCUUCCUGCGUGUUGUCAGUGAUCGGACUAGCACCUAUGGCCCACACAUCCGCGGCAUCCGCUUCACGCUGCGCUCUCAAUACGACCGCCAUUUGACCUCUUCACAUUACUGCGAGGAGGACUCGGGCGCUGAUGCCGAGUUGCCCACGCUUCUGGAGAUUGCCCAGGGCCGCCACGUGCUUUCAGCUGACCCUGCGGUGCUCCGCCCCCUGCUGCACGGCUCGGACCUCAGCUCGCUCCCUGGCACUUCGGUUUGCCCGCAUGUGCUCACCCAUUGACAGUCUGUCCAUCUACGGCUUCCGUUUGCGGGACAAGUACAUUGUCAACGACAUUAUGC